GGACCGGGGCCGGGGGAGGGCAGAGCCCGCCCGCCCCGCUGGGAUUGAGCCGGGAGCCGCGCUGGGGACGGCACCGAAGCACGAUGCGGGCACCGCUGCUGCUGCCGCUGCUGCUGCUCGGUGUCAGCUCUCAGGAUGAUGCAAAUCCACCUCCUCCAAGCACAGGAGCAACUGGGCCAAUCCUCACAACUACAGGCACCACGAAGAUGCAAGAGACCACCCCUGCCAGCAAAUCAGGAAGCUCACCACACACCCCUACGCCAUCACCCACCCCAGCUCAAGAGCCCACCCCUACAAGCAAGCCAGGAAACCCAACACACGCCUCUGUGAUAUCACCCACCACAGUUUCAGCGACCACCCCUGUAAGCAACCCAGGAAACCUAUCACCCACCCUUGCGAUGUCUCCCCCUUCACUUCAAGGGGCCACCCCAACAAACAACUUGGUAAACCCAGCACUCUUUUCUACAACAUCACUUCAAGCAUCUCAGCAGGUCAGUUCUUCAACCAGCUCCACAGCCUCAACAGCCGCCCCUGCUGCCACCUCCAGUAUCACACAGCAGAUCAGCCCUGCAGCCAGCUUGGGGAGCUCAGCACCCACCACUGCUGCAAGUCCUGUCCUCACACACAUGAGCAGCUCUGUAGCCUCUACAGGGAGUAUAGGAAGUGCUGUCGCAUCCUCUCCCAGUGUGAAAGAUCAGGGAAGCCAGCUUUCGGUCCAGGUGACCACCAUCACUGUGAGCACCAGGGUCCCAGGGAGCAUCCCUUCCCCUGGGCUCAAGGACUACGGUGUCCCUUCCUCCACAUCUCUUACCAAACAGCCUCACUCUUCUGCCAGUUCUCCAGGCCAGGGACUGGCCUUUUCCACCAGUCCUGGAAGCAUCAGCAUUUCUGUUCCCCCUUUUGGUGCAUCCACGUCCCCCACCACUAGUAAAGCAUCUCUGACUUCACCAUCCGGCAGCAUCGACAAGGUCUCGGAGGCAGCCACCACGCCGACUCCUGCAGCAGACCAGAGAAGUCAUCCAUCAACCAAGCCUGCAAGUGCUGACCAGAGCCCUGCCAGUGCACAGCCAUCAUCCCCGUCCCUGGGGGACCAGACAGCGAGCUGCAGUCCUGGCCACCAGCACCCUAACAUUUCAUUCCAAAAUGAGGUCAUCUGUAAAGACCAAGUGCAAAAUACUUGGCCCACCAUGUACCUGAAAGAAGCUAAAACCUGUGAGGAGUGGAGAGCCGCCAGCACCAACGUGUCCUUCUUUGAGAGCUUCUGCUCCACAGCCCAGCACAUGUUCAAUGCCAGCAGGGAGACGUGCACGGUGACACUGAGCGCCCGUGAGCCCCGCUCCCAGGACUGGGUUGUGCACGCAGUCAUACACAUCCCUUUGGACCCUGAAAAAGUCCUCGAGGAGCUGAAGGAGAAGAAGGACAAGUUAGAGGAGCUCGGCAUCGCCAACAUCACCUAUGACAGAAUGGAGAGGGAGAUGGUCAUCACCGAUGAGUUUAGCACGCCCCUGAUCAUCACCAUCGUCACCCUGGCUGGCUCCCUGUUGCUGAUCGCUGCCAUCUACGGCUGCUGCCACCAGCGCUUCUCCCAAAAGAAGGACCAGCACAUCCACCCUGAUCUCCCCGGGUUUGAUGAUGGACAUGUGGCCCUGAUCUUUAAUCAGCGCCUGACCGAGGAGCUGCAGACCAUGGAGAACGGGUACCACGACAACCCCACGCUGGAGGUGAUGGAGACCUCCUCCGAGAUGCAGGAGAAGAAGGUGAACCUCAACGGGGAGCUGGGGGACAGCUGGAUCGUGCCUCUCGACACGCUAAUGAAGGAGGACCUGGAGGAAGAGGAGGACACGCAUCUAUAGGAUGCAGAACUCGAUCAAGCAGACAACCAACCACCAACCCCCCCAAAAGAAGCCCACAAUUCCUACACGCACGCACACACACAACUCCAAAACAAGGCGGAAUUCCCAAUAAACCUCAUAAAAAUCCACUCAUGAACUCAUCAUGGCCCCUUGUGCCAUGGAAGAAGAAGGGACACGAGAAGACACCUCUGGGGCGCAUCAUCAACACAAGCCACUGUGGUGGCCACAUCUGGACAAGCAUCUCCAUCACCUGUGGGUGCUCAGCAGGACCUCCCACACCAGGCAUGGGCUCACGGGGUGGCUUUGCUCCAGGAGAGCUGCUGGUGUCUCCUCCAAGCGUGUCCCCUCCCAUCCCAUGUCCAACCACACCAACUGCAUCCUCCAGCUACCGAAUCACUCAGAGAUGAAGAGAAAUAGAUGUCAAUAGGGUGGGAGAGGGAGCACAUGUCCCAAGAGCAAGUAGAGCUAGGCAGUCCUCCAGCCCAUGCCUCUUAGUUGUCACUUUGCCCUCCCAACACCCGGGUAUCGAGU